AUGACUACAGCCACUCAAUGCGGAACUUCGACUGUAAAAUGGAGUGGUGACUCCGGUCCAUAUCAUCUCUUACUUACGCCCACGGAAUUCAAGCAGCAUGGAUACAAUGUAUGGAUUGAAUCGAUACCUGAUGGACAAAACUCCUAUGAUCUGCCGAUACGGCAGCCCGAAGGUAUACAGUACAUGUUGACCGUUUGGGGUGCUUCAGGGAUUCAGUACGCAGCUACGACGGACGUUCUAACUGUUCAGCCGUCAUCGAACCAAAACUCUUCCUGCUUCUUAUCUGACGACGCGAUCCUCAAUUUAUACACGUUCUCAUUCAACCUCACAUCCAACUCUGGAUCAUACCCUCCGCAAUGCUCCAAUAUCAGUCUCACCUGGCCCACAUCUUUAGAAUCAAACGUCACGUCGGAUUGGGUUUCUGACAAUUCAACCACCUCAACAUCAUCCGUUCAAUCAAUUUUACCUAGACAUACACAUCCCUCUUUACUUCCCGCCCGCGGCCUCAACUCGAACUUGGAGAUUGAGGUAUUUGAUGAGAGAGAUGCAAGUUCAUCAGAACAUGGUGGAAACACUACUCAUCCACCUACAAUGUUCGGUGUCAUUCCUUUAGGCAACUCAUUCUCCAUCCCCAUAACAUAUAAUAAAAAAUCUAAAUAUGCCACCUAUCUCCCUGAAUCUUCCCUUUCCGACAAUCCUACCACCUACACUUCUCAGGGUGUGACCCAUCUCAACUGGACGGUAGACCUUGCGAAGGGAACAAAGUUCAUCUUGGUAGCUGGUAUAGGAAGUCAAGAGGAAUGGGCAAGUGGAGGUUCAAGUAGUAUGUUCACCGUUGGACAGGGAAGCACAGGAUGUGUAGGUUCGGAACAAAAUGGAGGAGGGGCACCGAGUGUUACUGCUUCGAAUUCUGAUCCGACCAGUACAUCAGGACAAGAUAAUGAUCCACCACCUUCUUCCUCCAGUUCCGUCACUCGAACAGUCGUAGCUAGCGUCUUAUCCGUGAUUGGUACGCUGAUCAUCGUCGGUGUGAUAUUCAUGUGUCGUCGAGCACGAAAUCGACGUCGUCUGAACGCUACGGCUUUCAUAUCUGGGAACAAGAAGAAUAAAAAUCAAAACCAGAAUGAUCCUGAUCAAUUCAUGACAUUAGGUUCAGGAUCUGGAAGUGAGACUCCUUUGGAUCUAAUUGCUUCUAGGAAUGAUGGAUCUGGACUUGGAUCUGGCAAUCCUCCUAGAUUAUCACCUUUGGUACUUCCCGAUGGACGACCAACCAGUACUGGUGAGAAUGGCGAUCAUUCCGCCACACAUACACUUAUAUCACCCCUGAAUCCAUUUGACGAUCGAAAUUUUAAAAUUCCUUUCUUACCCAAUUCGAAUUCGACCAUGACCGAUACUCGUUCGUCACCUGUUUCGCCCAUCCGAGGAGGAUCAGCGAAUGAUAUGACUCGAAAUCCUUCUCAGGAUGCUUUGUUACCCUUAGUUGGAUUUGAUCAGUCGAGGAAUGAUAAUAUGCCUGUUGGCAACGGGACUUAUCAGUCGACCCAAGGAUCGACAUCUAGUGGUGUAGGUACCGGCACAUACCUUACGUCUAUCUCACGAAAUGGUCGUGGACCUCUGCAACUACAUGAGCAUGAACGUGGACAUGAGGAUGAAGAAGAUACGAUGGAUUUGAAAAGAGAUACAAUAGCUUAUUUGGAUUCUGCCGAUGGCCCAGGAACAGGACCAGGUGGUCCAAGUGAAAUCAGGAAUGGGGCACAGUCAGUUGCAAGCGCUCCUUCUGGAGUUGGUCGGAGGAGACAACCCCGACCACCAAGACAACAGACGGAAGAACGUGAGAUGGAAUUUAGAAUACAUAGAGAUGCAGGUAGAGUGAGAGUGAACCCCGAUGAAAAUGUCGAUGUGAUGGAGUUACCGCCCAGGUAUGAUGAGGUGAACUGGGAAGAAGAAAGGGAGAGGGAGAGGCAGAGGCAGACUAGGUAA